AUGAAACAAGAAGCACAACACACACACACGUCAACCCACGACAGCGCGAAACCGACGACUGAGAACAAUCGAUGUCUUCAUGCGCUGACCAGGGCACUACAUUCAUAGCCACCGCCGCCGAGGCGUACGAACACAACGAAUGAUACCCCUCAGGAUCUAGCGCCUCCCUUGAAUUUGCACGCUUCGUAGGUUGCAGAGCCUCGUAGCUGUACGAAUGGCAUCUGUCUCAUGCCUUGUCGUCGUACAAAGCGCGGAUAUAGCGCGGAAACUAACACUACAAGAUCCCCAUCUCGCCGCCCUGAAAGACGCUGUACGAGCAUGCAGACUGCUAGCACCAGUUGUGAACUUGGACAGAGACAGGUUUCAGGUAUUCGACGACGUUUUCAAAAGAAACAUCGACCUUGCGGACGAUGACGUUAUUCCUGACAAGGCAGAAAUAUUUGUGGUCGCCACAGAAACCCCAGUUCUGUUGGAACCAAAAGAAUCGUCAUCAGGCGUUGUACAUUCAUCAAUUCUCACAGAGAGCUGCAGCGAUUGCCCAAGUGACGAUCGUGAUGGCAGAGAGUACACAUUUCCGGACUUCUGCAGGAUGAACGUAAAGCUUGAAGAAGCCAUACUGACACCUUCAGUACACAAAAAAAUCGUAGAGGAGUUGUACCAGUCGAUGAUUCGAUGCACACUAUACCCUUCUGCCAAGUUUUAUUCGAAGGUGGCCAACUCGCUUGUCACAGAGUACCGUAACUUGGCUGAUGACAAAGGAAGUGGCUUUGAUUCUUGGGUCAUAAGCCUUCGAAAUAAAUUUAAAAAUGAGCGACGUAAGAUAACUAACAAUGAAAUGGUGAAAGAAUCCAGAGCCAAAUAUGGUGUUAAAAGGGAUGCAGAGAAGGACAUGGAUGGCACAAAUAUGUUGCAGCGCAACAAGAUACCAAGACCAUCUGAGAACGCACAGAGCACGUUUAGCACGUCAGAUAUUAACAAACACGAAGAAUGGCUCUUGGAUGAAUACCUGAAGCAACAACCAGAUGUUCCUCAAAUGUUUACGCGCUUAGAACAAAGCUUCCAAGAAAGGUCAAAGCAAAUGAGAACAACCAUGGUUUUGGACUCUGUAAGGAAGUUCCCUUACAUCAUGGACUUUAAGAUAUUCAUGCAUGAGUUUGAACUACUAACACAAAAGGACGCCGUGAAAGCAGUAGAGGACGCAAUCUACAAAGUGCUGCACAUUGUAACCAACAAAGACGUACGCUGUGCUCAUGAUAUCAGGAGUAGCAUUCUGGGCCUCGACAGGUUCCAAGGAUGUCAGAGGCGGAAGAAACAUCUCCAAGCUUUGCUUGCUACCAGAGCCCUAUCUGACAUGUUUAAGGAGACCAGAGCCAUUGGCAGCCUGUUUGUUCACGAGUCGACUGCAAAUGCCCCGCCAACACCCCAUAUCUCAUAUACUGGGUCAUCUGUGGAAGAAGGCAGCAUGCUCAAGCUUGUUGUGGAAAACGUCCCCCUUUACCAUGUUGUUGAGGGAAUGGAAGGCAUCUCCAGCAUUAUCUCGGCAUACUGGAUAUUCAAUGCGUCCUAUUGCCAGCAGCACUUGAAGACGAUAAGUUUUUUUGAAAAUGUAGUAGGAUUACAGGCAACACCCCUUUGCAAGCCUGUAGUGUCAUUUCUGAAAAAGUACAAUGCGCUGCGGUAAUAGCCAUCUUUUUCAACAAACAGCAGCCUGGAAACUUUACCGUGACAAGCACGUAAUUGCAAAUUUAAUCUACGGCAUCUUGUCCAGUGCAUGGCACAAGCAUGGCUAUUACUGUGAGGUGCGGUAACUCUGAACAAAGUCAUGUUCAGUGCAUAGUUAUUGUAUCGCAUUCAAUCAAAAUGCAUUCAAAGCAGAGUGCCUCAGGAACGAAUGAACACAAGUAGUUGUUCAGCCACAGACCAGUUUGCUACUCCUGUUGUUCUUAUAUUGCAAGUAUUUCUAACGUAAUCUACAGGACCUUUGUAUAAAAAUUCAGAGCAGCUCUCAGCUUUUUAUACAUUCAGCAGCUUCUUUGAGGCUAUCAGAGCUCCCUCGGGCGGUGCGCUAAGCAGCCAAGUAGAUUAUAUGUGCAUAAGCGAACUCGCAAAAAAGCAAACAGUAAUUCUGUUCUGAAUUACUGGUUUUCACUGAAGAGUACGGGAGUAGCGGUCUUACGUUUCAAUGAAAGCCAUUAACAAAAAAAAAAAGUAUUAGUGCUAAGGCACUGGGUAGGGUACAUUCAUAAAUAAUCUGCUACAUUACAGAUGUGCAAAGGUGGCAUGUACAUGUUGCUAUCGCAAAUUUUCAGUCAAAAGACUGUUCAGAGUAUAUAAGCCACGCAUACCAUUUUUAAGUGCUGGUGGUGUCAUGUACGUGCCGGAGUACGACACAGCUCAUAUAGCUCAUUGAAAUGUUUUCUAGUCCCUUCAUCUAGUCUGUGUAUAGCCAUAUUUCCUAUGUAUAGCCACACUUUAUGUAUAGCCAUACUAAUAAAGGAUAAGUUUUCUAGU